AUGAUUGAUUUUGAGUCAUUGUUAGAGUUUGAAGAAUCCUUGGGCCAGAGCUUGAAUCGUAGUCACAAGCUCAUUUUGCUUGCGUUGGAAGCCAAGAUCGAUCAAGUUCGGGAAGAUGAUCGAAACUUUCACGACGAUGUGGAUCCUGCUUUGUCUUGUUGUUCAGAAGCCCAACCUUCAGUUGAAGAGCUAGCUGAGAGCUACGACGUGCGCGAGGAUGAGUUUGCUAGAUGCAACACAUGUGGACAAUCGUUGGCUCGCGCGGCAGACGCAGAAGCAGAAGCAGAAGCACCAGCACCAGCAUCUUGCUGCAAAAUGGCCAUGGACAAGAACAAGUUGGCUCUGUGGUCUCUGCUUGAUAAACUGUACUGGGCUUCGUUCAUGGACAAUCCCUCGAGAACCAUCAACACUUUGCCAAACUACACCGAGUUGUCGUGCUUGAGGCAGGGCAUCCCCAACUGCUUGAGGUCUUUUGUUUGGCGAAAACUAUUCUUAUUGAACUCAACCAAGAUCCCAACUAGUAUCCAGCUCGUAUACCAAAACUUCCAGCACUCCUACCUGGUUGAGGUGGCCACCCAGAUCAAGAAAGACUUGAGCAGGACCUUCCCCGCGGUUGAGUUUUUCAAAGAGGCACGCACGAUUGAGGAUUUAUCCACCAUAUUGAAUGUUUAUGCAAACUACGACGCCGAGUUGGGCUAUUGCCAAGGGUUGUUGUUUUUAGUCGGUGUCUUGUACCACCACCUCCAACGCAAUUGCGAACUCACGUUUUACGCCUUGACCAAUAUCAUGGCGAUUGAGCUGGAGUUGCACGACGUCUUUACGCCGACAAUGAUGUCGACGAUCCUGAACCAAUGGGCCAACGAGUUUGCAAGCAUUUUCAAGCAAGUCGAUACCGAGUUUUACACCCACUUGUCCUCGAUUGCCGACAUGCUGACGUUUCUUUUCCAAUGGUGGCUAUCCUUCAUGUCGUCGCAUGUGCCCGACCUUUCGAUCAUCAGCAGAAUUAUGGACUUUUGCCUCUUGCAAGGUUGGAAAGUGGGCAUUUUCAAAAUCAGUCUUGGCUUGCUCGUGAGCAACAGGCCAAUCUUGAUGAGUCUUGUCGAGGGCGACGAGGAGGUUGUUUAUCAGCACAUGUUGAACGAGUCGAAAUGGGGAACCGUGAUGGGCAAUUUGGAGGGCUUUUUUGGUGAGUUGCUUUUCUCAUGGCAAGACGACUUGUUUAUCGAUUUCCAACGUAUCGAGUCGAUGUCGAGCUCAACCUCGACAUCAGACACAUACCCAUACGCGUCACACGCACACCCAUACACUUUGCAAUCACUCAAGUCUUUGCCGUUGUUCAAUUUGAAAUCUCCCACAGCCCCGGGCAGACUUCGAUCUAACACUACUAGCACAGGUGCUACUAACCAGUCGCAAUCGUCGUUGUUUUCAUUUAAAACCAGCAGCAAUGGGAAAUACGCCGAAUCGAUCUAUUCCAACACGAGCGAAGACAGCUUGGAGACAAAGUCAUUCACCGAUUUUCUCAAGUUGCCCACUUUUGCCAAAAAAAACCACAAUUCCAACGAGAAAUCUUCCGGCAAGAUGGAAGAUGAUUUAUGGGCAGAGAACAAGAGCUUGCGCUUGGAAAACGACGAGUUGAAGAUGAUGUUGGGCAAGGCCUUUGCAUUACUCAACGCCCCCGCUGGCGAGAACGAGAUGGAAAUUGCAUUGUUGAAGGGAGAGAUUUUGCAAGUUAUCAGCGAAGAAUAA